GAGUGUGCAGGCUGUUUGACCACUCUGCCUCUUCCCUCCAGCACCAGCUGCCACCAGCGAAGAUGGUACUGCACACUAAAACCCAGGAAAGCCUGGCACGCUCUGGUUGGCACAGACCUCAGGUCAACAUUCUCGUCCUGGGUGCGGAGAGGGUCGGCAAGUCUGCUCUUGUCAUCCGGUUCCUCACUCGACGCUUCAUUGGAGAGUACAGCCAUAUCGAAACCAUUUACACUCACAACGUGACCGUCGACGGUGAGGAGACUCGCUUCCACGUUUGGGACUCUCUGAACCCCCAGGGCCGCGGGGUGAUGGCGCACCCGAGCGAGCAGCAGAUGCGCUGGGCCGACGGUUUCGUCCUCGUCUACAGCAUCCUGGACCGGCGGAGCUUCGAGGCGGCGCGGCGGCAGCUGGCGUGGCUCCACCGGGAAGCAGGUGGUGCCCGCGCCCCCGUGGUACUGGUAGCCAACAAGACGGACCUGUGCCACCAGCGGGUGGUCUCGGUGGAAGAAGGGCGCCUUCUGGCGCUGGGCAGCGGCUGCGCCUUCCUGGAAGUCUCGGCCGCCGAGAGCUACCACGAGGUCGCCCUGGCCUUCCGCCAGCUGAUGGCAACGGUACAGGGAUCAAAGGCAGUGCCGAGGCGGGCAGCGGGGCUACGGGGCAUCAUUCGCAGCGUGUCUGCCGUGUUUGGGGGCAAACGCCGGGUGGACUAACUGAAGGAGGAGGACCAUUCGGCCCUUGCCCUACGCCAUACUAUCUGCCCGCAGCCCCGUCUGGCUUUGACUCCAUUCCCAUGGCACCAGACGAGAUUUCAGCCCCUCAGCCCACAGGGCCGCCCAAAACAGCAACAGCGGGUGGCCAUUCUGCCCGUGGUCCACCAUUCUAUCAGAUCAAGGCUGAUCUGACUCCACCUAGCCCCCCCUCCACACCCCCCUGUAGUGCUCCUCGAAUCGUUAAGAAUCGAUUUCCCUCAACCCCCCCUCCCCAUAGCACCCCUCGAGUCCUUGAGAAACGAUCCCCUCAGCCUAUAUAAAACAUUUAAAGACUCUGCAUUUUGAGGAAUGUAGCUCCUGAGACUCACCAAGCUCCCAGAGACACUGACGUUUCUUCCUCUCCGUUUUAAGUUGGGUGAACCCCAACCAUCAUUUUUUUAAACACUGACCCCUGGUCCCGGAUUCUUCCACAACAGAUGUAGAGACCCACAGGGCCAAAGAAGGCCCUUUCACUCAUUGAGUCUGUGCUAGUCACCUUUUCUGUUCAAAUCCCGUUUUCCAGCACUUAGAUCAUAGCCUUGGCGUUGUAAGCGGACACCUCAAUACUUAGAGAGUCAUACAGCACCAAAACAGACUCUCUGAUCCAACCUGUCCAUGCAGACCCAGAUAUCCCAAAUUAAUCCAGCCCCACUUGCCAGCAUUCGGCCCCUAUCCCUCUAAACCCUUCCUAUUCAUGUCCCCAUCCAGAUGCCUUUUAAAUGUUGUAACUGUACCAGCCCCCACCACUUCCUCUGGCAGCUCCUUCCAUACACACACCACCCUCUGUGUGAAAAAGUUGCUCCUCAGGUCCCUUUUAAAUCUUUCCCCCUCUCACCUUAAACCUGUGCCCCUCUAGUUUUGGGCUCCCCUGGCCCAGGACAAAGACCUUGGCUAUUCACCUUAUCCAUGCCCCUCAUGAUUUUAUAAACUUUUACAAGGUCACUUCUCAGUGUCCCAUGCUCCAUGUAAAACCAGCCUAUUCAGCCUCUCCCUGUAGCUCAAACCCUCCAACAUCCCUGUAAAUUUUUUCCUGAACCCUUUCAAGUUUCACAACAUCCUUCCUGUAGCAGGGAGACCAGGACUGAAUGCAAUAUUCCAAAAGUAGCCUCAUCAAUACUGCUGCAGCAUGACCCUCCCAACUCCCUCUACUCAAUGCACUGAAGAUAAGCAUACCAAACAUCUUCUCCAUCAUCCUGACUACCUGUGGCUCUAAUUUCAGGGAACUAAAUGCCUCUAGGUGUUUUUAUUCAGCAAUAUUCCCAGGGACUCUACCAUUAAGUGUAUAAUCUCAGUCCUUGUUUGUUUUAUGAAAAUGCAACACCUUGCAUUUAUCUAACUUCAACUCCACCUGCCACUCCUGGGCCCAUCUGCUCAAGGUCCUGUUGUACUCUGAGAUGACCUUCUUCACUGUCCACUACACCUCUAAUUUUGGUGUCGUCUACAAACUUACCAACCGAAACUCCUAUAUUCACAUCCAAAUUUGUUGUUAUCAAUGACGAGAAGCAAUGGGCCCAGCACCGAUCCCUGUGGCACACUGUUGGUCACAGGCACCCUGUCUGAGAAACAACCCUCCACCAUGCACCCUCUGUCUGCCACCUUCAAGCCAACUUUGUAUCCAGUGGGCUAACUGCCCCGGAUCCCAUGUGAUCCAACCUCCUCACCCAGUCUACCAUGUGGAAAUUCGUCGAACCUCUUCAAUGAAGUGAGGGUUUCCAGGCUGUGAGUUCCACUUCCCACUGCCCUCUGGGUGACAAUACUUUUCCUCAUUUCCCCUUUAAACCUCCUGGCCCUGACCUUAAGUCUAUGCUGCCUCCAAGGGGAGAAGAGGUUCCUUCCUGUCUUCGCUAUCGAUGCCACUCAUCAGUUUAUAUCCUUGAAGAGGAAACAUCUGCUUGGUCAAGUCCCCUCAAGAUCUUAAAUGGUCCAAUCAACCUUCUACACUCUUGAGAGUACAGGCCUAACCUCUCAUAAGAAAUUUACUUAUUCCAGGUAUUGAUCUCAUACACUUUCUCUGAACUCCUUCCGAUGAAUUGUAUGUACAGUACCCAGUGAGCAUUUGGUGGAGGUGGGUACAAUUAUAGCAUUUAAAAGGCACCUUAGAUGGUUAUGAAUAAAAAGGGUUGAAAGAGAUAUGGGCCAAAUGCUGGCAAAUGGGACUACGUCAGAUUGGGUUGCCUGGUCAGCACAGAUGAGUUGAGCCAAAGGGUCUGUUUCUGAGCUGCGUAACUGCAAACAGAGCCACCAAACCUUGCCUAACUGAAAAAUAAUCCGCUUACUUUCACAUUCAAUUCCCCUCGGUAACUUUCUGUUAGCCUUCUUCAUUAGCUGUCCAGAGCAGGACCCCAACCCUACAGCUCUCCUUACUGCGAUGCCUCCCAUGGUCGUCAAGCCUGCUGACAGACACCGCUCCUGGAGGAUUGCCUGACCCCUUCAGAGGAGCUCACGUUGAACUCACUUCGAAGAAGUUGACAUUUGAACAGCAGACAAAUUGUGUUGUAGCAAUUGUGGGUAUUGUAAAUGAUGUUCAUUUAGUUACUGAUGUAAAUCUCUAUUUAUGACUGAAAUGGUCUCUACAUAUUUCUCACGGUGUUAAUGUGUUCUGUAAAUGGCCAGGAUCCCCUGUAAUAA